UAGUAAAAGAGCAGCGGAAUCUAAUCUCUCAUGGCGAACCGCUCACGUUCAUCAUGACCGAUACCAGCAGGUACCCGCGAAGCUCCGGCCACAGCGGGCUGUCACACGUCCACCAGCCGUCCUUUUGCACGGUAUGAACCGCGUGGAAGUUGAUCCUUACCUCGCAGGGAAACUCACCCGCCGGUCAAUCGGCGACCCCGGAGCGGCGGAGAGCGGCUAGCGAUAUUACACAGGAGCGCCUCUCGGAUGACAGAACCCCUCGACCAGCACAUCGGGACUAGGUAUUCCACUGAAGGGAUCUGCCGCCGAUCUCAACACCAUGCUAUGGAAAGCAGACGCUUACAAUAAGUUCCCGUGUCCCGCGGCUCAUUUUUCACCACGAGCCGUUACAUUUCUCCUAUUGCCCAUCCAGCCGGCUUUUCAUCUGCAAGACUGAAGUGACCAGAAAUCUGUGAACAGAGGAGAGAGGAGAGACAGACAGACAUAGAGAGAGAGAGACAGAGAGUGAUAGAGGGGGAGAAAUAGAGCGGUAAUAGUGGGACCUGCAUUGGUGUAUUUUGGUCUGUAGAUGGACCGGGUGCCCACGGCACUGGCAGCUAAGAUGCGGUGGAUCACGCUUGUCCUGGCCGGAUUGACUUUCUGGGGAAGUGUGUACAUUGGUCAUUGCUUCGACUACGAGGAAGCGAACUAUGAUUAUUACGAAGAGGAGAAAACGGAAACGAUCGACUACAAGGAUCCGUGCAAAGCCGCCGUGUUCUGGGGAGACAUCGCCCUCGACGAGGAGGACCUGCGCAUGUUCCACAUCGACAGGACCAUAGACCUGACGGAGCGCCCGCACACGCACACGCACGGCCGACAGGGACACACCACCGGUGGCCAGGAGGAACAGGACAUUGCCAAGAAGAGGAGUUCUCUGUAUCUGCUGUUGGAAAGGAUACGCAGGUUUGGCUUUGACUCUCUCCCUAGCAACCUCAGCAGGGCCUCUCCGGGGUCCGGCCCCCCCGGUGGGAAGGGGGAGAAGCCCGCCAGCGCUCUGAAGGGCCGCUUCCCCCGCGCAGCCACGUCCCGGGCUGAGAGGAUCUGGCCCGGGGGGGUCAUCCCCUAUGUCAUCGGAGGGAACUUCACAGGUAGUCAGAGGGCCAUGUUUAAACAGGCCAUGCGUCACUGGGAGAAGCAGACGUGUGUAACGUUCAUUGAGAAGACAGACGAGGAGAGCUACAUAGUGUUCACCUACCGACCCUGCGGGUGUUGUUCCUAUGUGGGUCGCCGUGGCAACGGGCCCCAGGCCAUAUCCAUAGGGAAGAACUGUGACAAGUUUGGCAUCGUGGUGCAUGAACUAGGUCAUGUGAUCGGCUUCUGGCACGAGCACACAAGACCCGAUCGCGACGAUCAUGUGACCAUCAUCCGGGACAACAUCCAACCUGGUCAGGAAUACAACUUCCUGAAGAUGGAGCCGGGGGAGGUGAACUCUCUGGGAGAGGCUUACGACUUUGACAGCAUCAUGCAUUACGCCCGGAACACCUUCUCACGGGGGAUGUUCUUGGACACCAUCCUCCCGUCUAGGGACGACAACGGGAUCCGGCCUGCCAUUGGCCAGCGCACCAGGCUGAGCAAAGGAGACAUUGCCCAGGCAAGGAAGCUGUAUAGAUGUCCAGCAUGUGGAGAGACACUUCAAGACUCCACGGGGAACUUCUCCUCACCGGGUUACCCCAACGGAUACCCCUCGUACACACACUGUGUCUGGAGGAUAUCGGUCACGCCAGGAGAGAAGAUUGUUCUGAACUUCACCACAAUGGACCUGUAUAAGAGCAGCCUGUGCUGGUACGACUACAUCGAGGUCCGGGACGGUUACUGGAGGAAAGCGCCCCUACUAGGCCGGUUCUGUGGUGAUAAGCUUCCUGAGGUACUGGUCUCCACCGACAGCAGAAUGUGGAUUGAAUUCCGGAGCAGCAGCAACUGGGUGGGGAAGGGCUUCGCAGCCGUUUACGAAGCGAUCUGUGGAGGGGAGAUAACGAAGGACUCUGGGCAGAUCCAGUCUCCUAACUAUCCUGACGACUACCGGCCCUCCAAGGAAUGUGUGUGGAGGAUCACCGUGUCUGAGGGCUACAAUGUGGGACUCAGCUUCCAGGCCUUUGAGAUCGAGAGGCACGACAGCUGUGCUUACGACUACCUGGAAGUUCGUGACGGCCCCCUGGAGACGAGCCCUCUUAUUGGCCGGUUCUGCGGCUACGACAAACCCGAGGACGUGCGCUCCACGGCUCACACGCUGUGGAUGAAGUUUGUCUCGGACGGGACGGUCAACAAGGCAGGCUUCGCUGCCAACUUCUUCAAAGAGGAGGAUGAGUGUUCAAAGCCAGACAAUGGUGGAUGCGAGCAGCGGUGCGUGAAUACGCUUGGCAGCUUCAAGUGUGCCUGUGACCCGGGCUACGAGCUAGCGCCAGACAAGAAGAGCUGUGAAGCGGCCUGUGGGGGUCUUCUGUCCAAGCUGAACGGGACGAUCAGUACUCCAGGCUGGCCUAAAGAAUACCCCCCCAACAAGAACUGCGUGUGGCAGGUGGUGGCUCCCACUCAGUACCGCAUCUCUAUGCAGUUUGAGAUCUUUGAGCUGGAGGGGAAUGAGGUGUGUAAGUAUGACUACGUGGAGGUGCGCAGCGGUCUGACCUCUGACUCUAAGCUCCACGGGAAGUACUGUGGCACGGAGGUCCCCGAGGUGAUCACCUCCCAGUACAACAACAUGAGGAUCGAGUUCAAGUCCGACAACACCGUCUCCAAGAAGGGCUUCAAGGCCCACUUCUUCUCAGACAAGGACGAGUGCAGCAAGGACAACGGGGGCUGCCAGCACGAGUGCGUCAACACGCUGGGCUCCUACGUGUGCGAGUGCCGCCACGGCUUCGUCCUGCACGAGAACAAGCACGACUGCAAGGAAGCUGAAUGUGAGCAUAAGAUCCACAGCCCCAGUGGGACCUUGAGUAGCCCCAACUGGCCGGACAAGUACCCAAGUCGCAAGGAGUGUACCUGGGACAUCACCGCCACCCCCGGACACAGAGUCAAGAUCACGUUCAACGAGUUUGAGAUCGAGCAGCACCAGGAGUGCGCCUACGACCACCUGGAGGCCUUUGAUGGCGACACGGACACGGCGGCCAUCUUGGGCCGGCUUUGCGGCAGCAAGAUCCCCGAGGCGCUGGUCUCCACGGGCAACAAGAUGUACCUGCGCUUCAUCUCAGACGCCUCGGUGCAGAGGAAGGGCUUCCAGGCCCUGCAUUCCACCGAAUGCGGGGGCCGUCUGAAGGCCGAGUCCCGCCAGAAGAACCUCUUCUCCCACUCCCAGUUCGGGGACAACAACUACCCGGGCCACACGGACUGUGAGUGGCUGCUGACGUCGGAGGCGGGCUACGGCGUGGAGCUCACCUUCAUCACCUUCGAGGUGGAGGAGGAGGCAGACUGCGGCUACGACUACAUCGAGCUGUACGACGGCUACGACGCCAACUCACACCGCCUCGGACGCUUCUGUGGGUCCGGGCCCCGGGAGGAGAUCUACACACCAGGGGACGUUGUGCUGAUCCGUUUCCAUAGCGACGACACCAUCAGCAAAAAGGGCUUCCACAUCCACUACACGAGCACCAAGUUCCAGGAACUUCACGACAGGAAGUGACCUCAGAGUCAGCCUCCCCCUUGACCUCUUGACCUCUGACCCCGGGGCCGCCGCCAACGCCGUAACCUUGAAAUGACCUUUGCCAUGGCAACCUCGAAAACAAAGUCUGGCCAAUCAGAUAUCCCUCGUUAUGACAAGACUUGUGGACGCCUGCCACACUCCACAGGAUGGAGGACUUAUGUGUUAUGUAAACCAAGCUCUCUUUCAGUGGCGCCAGUGGUCACCUGGAGAGGAGAGGGGAUAAGUGAUGGCUGAUGAACUCAAUAUACUAUGGGACUGAACACACCAGCAUGACAAAUGUCCACCACUCACUGAUUAGCGCCUCAUCACAGAGGAGUCCAAAGGGGAACCGGAAAUAUUUAAUCAAACCCGUGCACGUGGGAAAUUAUGUGCACCCAUGCACACACACACACACACACACACACACACACAAACAUACAUGCAAACAGACACACACACAGACACACAUCAACACACUCAACAGUGAUUGUUAUGCACCUCUUGCUUUGAUGCACAGGUGCAGUGCCAGCUGCUGAUUGGCUGAGGCUGUGGAUAUUGGGUUAACAAGGAUCUAACAUGGAGGCCUAACUGUGGACCCACUAUGGCAAACCCUGAAGACACAUGAGUGUUGAAGACUGUGGUCUACACAACUUACUGUGACCAUACAUACAGAGUGACUUAUAGAGAGACAUGUUCAUUGCCUUUAAGGCCUGGGGAACUGGCCUGAACUGUACAGCUCACAGUGGCUGCAACUAGUUUUAUUGUAUGUCUUAUUCUCAAUCCUGUAAUGGUUGUUUAUGUGUGUAAAAAAUAUAAGAAAAAGCACAACAAAAGGCGUAUUCCUGUUCUGCCCAUUGCCUAAACUGUAUACAGACAACCAUCUAUGAAUGGAUGAAUUUAACAAAAAAAUGUCAGAGAAAUAAAAUGACCUUAGAUGUUAAUACUGAGCCUUGCAUUACUGUAUAUUGUAUGUUCCUGUUGUUUUAAGUUUGCACCAUGUUUUUUUAUUUGCUAAUGUAACAUAUGAAAUUAUAAGCUGUAUCCCUUGUGUUAAAAUGUUGUAACAGAAGGUAUGACCUACUCUACCAAAACACCCAUGUUUACCCUGAAACGAGAAUACACGGUCCAGAUAUGUUUCAACUGAUGACUUGAAGGACAGUUUCAUCCUUAUCCUUAUUAUGUCUUUUGGAAGAAGAAAACAACAACGAUCGAAAGGGGAGAGGAGAAUAUCCAAUGGUGCUAAAAUAUAUACAUGAAUAAGAUGUGUUUUUGUAUGGAUUGAACCACGAUGAAAGUGAUUAAAUGAUGUGAGAGUGUGUAAAUAGAGCGCCUAAAUCAACACACUGGUCCACGAUAAUGCCUUAGCACCAAACGUCCCGCCCUCGCACAGACCUCGACCGCCAGCGGACUGAUGGGACGUUUCUGCGGGGCGUCGAGUUUGUGAAGAACUUGAAUGAGUUUAUAGUUCAAUGAAAUAUUGUGGGAGCUCGACUGCCUGUGAUGUUUGUGUGUGUGAUACAACUGUUUGGCUCUUCUGGGAACAUGCGCACACACACACACACACACACACACACACACACACACACACACACACACACACACACACACUUAUUACAAGCUAAAUCGCAGACAAAGCAAUGGUAAAUACCAGGAAGAUACCUGCAUAAGAUGUAUUAUUUUUCCUCUAUUAUGCUGGUAGAGCAGCAUUUCCCUGUUCACUGUUCUACGAGUGUGAGUGCUGUACAUUAGUCCCGGUGCAUCCAGCUUUCGGUAUUAACUGCAACAUUUAUACAGCAUGUAUGCAUCUUGUGUAAGUGUGAGUCGCUGGGGCUAACGGGGAAACGUGAGUGUCAGAGUGUGUAUGAACGUUGUUUGUUUCUAAUUGGAUUGACUCAUUUCUGUAUGUGCCAAGCUCCAGGUGACCCAUGUCCCACUGUAGUCUACUGUAGUCUCAUCACUCCACUGUGUUGAAAUGACCUCUGAAUCAGUCAAUUAAAAUACACACAGGUCAAAGAGUACAUAAAAACUAAGACUAUGUGAAAUUUGCAUAUUUCUCAGAGUUA